AUGUCUACUCCUGAAGGAAAUCGAUACAAUUAUCUGGUUGUGUUUUUCGCAACCUUGGGAUCCAUCACUUAUGGAUUCAACAAUUCAAUCAUGGGAACGGUCCUAGAUUUAGACUCCUUUUUCAAUUAUUUUGAUCUCCCCGAGACUGGUCCCAAGGCUGAUCACACUCAAGUUAUCAUUGGAACAACUCAAGGAAUAUUCUAUGCCGGAGGCAUUAUUGGAUGUGGUAUAGCUGGCUGGAUGGCGAAUCGGCUGGGCCGACAACGGGCUGUGCAGGUGAUAUGCUCGCUUUGUAUUAUCUCCGCCAUUCUUCAAGCAGCUGCGGUACACAUUGCAAUGCUCCUGGUAGGGAGGCUUUUCAAUGGUGCCGGAUCGGCAAUGAUCAAUGUGGUCGUUCCCCUCUAUCAGUCCGAGAUUUCCCCUCCCGUUCAUCGAGGAAGAAUGGUCGGGUCUCAUGGAGCUUUGAUAGUAGUUGGAUAUACAUUUGCUGCAUGGACUGGACUUGGAUGCUAUUUUGAACAAAACCCCCAAAUACAAUGGCGCUUGUAUCUUGCACUUCAAUGCGUGGCACCAUUGGUAUUACUAGCCGGAUCUGCUUGGUUACCGGAGUCUCCUCGCUGGCUGAUAGCUAACGGCCAGCUUGAAAGCGCCCGACAAAUUUUGAAUCGACUACACGGUGACGGAAAUAAUACAGAAACUAGCAUAAGCCCGGCUGCUCUUGAAUUUAGUCAGAUUGAGAGUCAACUUGAAAUCGAUUCUCGGAGCUCCGCCGGCUUGAUUACUAUCCUCAAAUCCUCCUCGCUUAGGAGAAGAUUCCUUAUCGGCUUCUUUGUCCAAUGUCUCGCUCAGUCUACUGGUGUGUUAGUGAUCAACAACUAUCAAGUCACUCUAUAUGCCGGACUGGGGCUUUCGGGCUGGAUGCCAUUGCUGCUUUAUGGUAUCUAUACUACUUGGGCGGCGAUUCUUAACUACGCCGGAGCCCUGAUAGUCGAUCGUAUUGGACGUGUACGAAUGCUGUCCAUUGGAAUGGUCGGUUGUGCCUCCAUGGUAGCAUGUGAAGCUGCUAUGGUUGCUCAGUUUGGUGGCGGUCCCAACAAAAUCGGAAAUGGGUUUGCAGUCUUGUUUCUCUUCCUUUUUGUCACUUUUUACGGAGGCUGUGUCGACGCAAUCAGCUAUGUAUACUGCUCGGAGCUGUUUCCGACCAAUAUACGUGCACAGGUUGUUUCUUCUAACGUAAUCAACCACCGAGUGACGAAUACCACCGAGUGA